AGUACUAGUAGUAGUUUCUCUUCCCUCUUCUACUUCCACUCGUCCAACUGCGUGUGCUGCUUCUACAGCUAGACGCACUUAACACACACUUCGCCACAUACAUAGCAUACCUCCUCUAGUACAAUUCGUAGUAAGUAAGCUAAUCCCCAAUAAAAGUCCUUCCUCUUACAUCCCCCCCACCCUCAGCACAGUCUCAAGAUACUCUAGGCGCUUGUUUUCGUUUGAAGCGGCAUUGAUGAGACGAGACUGGGGCUAGCACUUGCUCAGACUAUUCAAGUAUUUCGCCCUGUGGCCUUAUCAAACCAACCAUUAGCACUCAUUUUAGCUUUCUCAUCCAACUUUCUGUCCAAGCACUACACGCCUGCAUAAACACACACUCUCUCUACUGAUGCAGAAAGAUAAAAUAUAUGUAUAUACCCUCCUCCCCACAACACACAAAAGCUGUAAUGCCACCAUUCAACAUAAUCGAGGUUGUUGCCUGCUGCAUGUAUAACGGCGCAAUUCGCAUUUGCACCAACCAAAUCCAUUUCUACCAAAAAAUCAAAUGCUUAUUUCUCACUCUUUCUCUUCCUUACAAUUUACAUUUAUGUCAUGAAAACAGUGCCUUGCCUUCAGUAUCGAGGCUGCAAUUAAAUCUGAAUUCCCUUAACAGAAUUGGGACUAAAAUUUUUGAUGCCAAUCUAAAGGCAAUAUUCUGGAGCCGAUUUUGGGCUAAGCAGUGCAGAGGGUUUACCAUUUUCAGAGCAGCGAAUUGUAAUCAACAAGUAGACCAUAUUGAUUGGUUUAGUCUUACUUGGAUAACUAACUUUAUCUGGAAACUGUUUUAAAAUUGAUGGGCAACACCAUUCCCGUGAUUCCUUCGCAGAAUCUGCAGGAAAACUCUUCUCCGCCAGCCGCCAACGACUACCGGGUACACAACUCGACCAACUGUCCAAAAAUAGAGUCUUCAAAAUCGAUGGGACAUAUUACUAACAGCGAAGAGAGUCGAGAAGUGCCUGCAGCUUCAAACAGGGAGACACAAAAGGCGGCGGCGGCAUCGCAUAUUCCACACAGCAAUACUUUCCACCAUCAAAAUCAACAGCCGCCGCCGAAAGACAAUAACAACAGCCACCACGCCACCAGUUUCAUAUUCAACCAUUUGUUUCACCAUUCCGCCAAGUCCGGCAAAAAACUAGUCAAACCCAGUCAGCCAUCUGGAGCCUCCAAAGACUUGUCCACUAAAGAAUCGUCGAGCAGUACUCGGGGGGAGAAACACUCCGCGAAAGAGACUAGAAAUAGGUCAGUCAAGGCACGAGAAAAACAGCCGAAUAGCAACGAAGCUCGUAUCGAGGAAACGACUGAGAUACAGAACGGCGGCACGGCAGUUCCUAAGAAAUCUCUCUCGUGCUUCAACUUCAACCAAUCACUAGUCAGCAAACCAGUUACUAUUUGCGCGCCUUCCGCUAACGAAUACGAAAACACAAGUCACAAGUUAGGUAAAGACUUCUAUACCAAAUUCUCAUCUCUGGCUGUCAAAACUGAAGCAGUCGAAGAAGUCAAGCGGAAAGAAUCCUCAAACUCUGGUCGAAUUGUAAACAGCUCUAAAAGUAGAAAAGAACCUUCCGCUAAAGCAGUUAUAAAACAAAGUCAAUCUUCAAGUGCUAUUUCACGUACGGUCACAAUUACCGCUUCAACUAGCGAGUUGCUGAAAUGUCUGGCAAUUUAUCUCUCCAUCAAAUGCCGCAAACUUGCACACUUUCAUGGCAACGAGGUCAUAUUGUGGCUCAGAACAAUCGACAGAGCAUUAUUGGUUCAAGGCUGGCAGGACAUCGCUUUCAUCUCGCCAGCCAAUGUUGUGUUCGUGUACCUUCUGCUCCGUGACUACAUCUCGGAUAAAAUCAAAAACGUAGAAGAAUUACAGGCUAUAGUUUUGACUUGUUUGUAUCUCAGCUACAGCUAUGUGGGCAAUGAAAUUAGUUACCCUUUGAAACCUUUUCUGGUCGAAACGGACAGACGAGUAUUUUGGAGUCGUUGUGUCGGCAUCAUCAACGAAAGCAGUGCUAAAAUGCUGCUGAUAAAUCAAGACCCAGCAUACUUCACACAUAUUUUCACAGAGCUCAAGCAAUACGGAGACCGAGGAAAGUCAGAAUAAAUUAAUCAAACUACA